AUGGCCAUUAGCGGCGGGCCGCGCCGAUUGCGGCCGCGCGGGGCGAGGGGCGCCUGCGGGACCCGGCGCGGCGGCGCUCACAUCUCGGCCCAGGCGGCCCGGCGGCUCGGCGCGGGCGCUCCUCGGGGCCCGGGGCGGCGGGCGCGGGGCGCGGCGGCCGCGCUGCCCAGGGCGCAGGCGGCAAACUUUGGCGGCGUCCGCGCGGCGCCGUCUCCGCCGGCGCGCCGGGCUCGCCCCUUUAUAGAGAGUCUGCGCCGCCGCCCGCGCCCCGCGCGCGCCCCCCCGCCGCCCGGCCGCCCCUCCCGGAGCGAGCGGCCGCGGGCAGGGCUCCGGCCCGGCGCCUUUGUCUCGCCGGCCCGCUCGGGCGCCGCGCCGCCUGCGCUCCGGGCGCGCAAGGCCGGGCGGCCGGCCCGCUCGGCUCCUCCGCGGCGGGUCUGGCUCGGCGCGCCGGCCGCGCUCGGGCUCAGGUGCCCCUGCCUGCGGACCGUUUCUCCUCUCCGGGCUCGCGUCCCCUCCGCGGGCUCCGCCGGCGACCGGCCGGCUCCUACGCUCGCGGCCGGAGCGGAGCGGAGUGCGCACACCGGGGUGGCGGGACUUCGGCAAGACCAACUUUCCGAAUCUUCUCGAUUCCCAGCCUGCGUUCUCUCGCCCGACUCUAAUUGUGUAAGUUUCACGAAGCAACAGCUUUGGGCUCCAGGAAAGCGCAGGAAAAUCAGAGGAAGGAAGCGCGCAGGUCGGCAUCGCCUCCAAAGACCACCCCCGCCGCCACAUUUGUCCCCCCUCAAAACAACCUCAACAACAACAAAACCCUUAAGACGAAGAAGAAGCAAAUGUAGGUUCCCGCAGCGUCCGAAGCCUUUCAGAGGAAGCCGGAGCCCGGCUCCCCCGCAGCCUCCUGGCCCCCACAGCACCGACUCCUCCUCCUCGGUUACUCUGUAUGGUCUUGGAGAGGCUCUCUGAGGUUCCUCCCGCCGAGGCCGGUCUGAGACCCCGGCCCAGUAUCUGUAACAGCAAGCCCUCGGACUGCAGAGGUGUCGCACAAGGCGUGCCGAGCUUCGUAAGGGAAGGUGCAGCAGGCUCUGCUUGGCGCUGUGGUGGACAGUGGCUCACGGCGAGCGGGCGCGAACGCAGGACUCGCAGCUGCCCCGGCCCGCCUUGCCCGGUGUGAGCACUGGUCCCCACGCGGGCGUGCAGGGUGGAGUGGGCUGGGGGAAGUGGCAGGCUCCACACAGUCCUCUGAGCGCACUGAGCUGGGAUUUCGUUGAGAAAAUCGAGCAGACAUGGAGGAAAGGGUCAGGGAGAAUAUGAAACGAGAACCUUUGCAAAUUCCCCGCCAGGGCUCUGAUGGUGCAGAUCCGUGAAUCUGAGGUGAACCCUUUUAAAAAAUCGACUGGGGUAAACACGAUCAAUAUGUAUAUAUUUAAAAGGUCGAAAGCAAAAUGCGCAUUACCUCCUCCCUUACCUGUUCUGCCUUUCUUGGCUCCCCACCAAGCUGUGAAACUUUAAUUGUUUUAACGCGGUGUGGCCAGUUUUGAUGAAAGUGUACAUAUUUUAAGCUUGAGUCACAACAAUAGAUUUAUUGUGAGGUGACAGCGUGUCAACAGCAUAUUUUCACAGAUGAGGGACAGGAUUAUCCUCCAGUCCUGCCUAGAUUAAGGACAAGCACCGGAAUGUGCGUCUGAGGUGCAGACACGGACUCAUGCAUGCAGAACUCAUAGACUCACCGUCACGUGACCGCUGCCUAUUAAAAUAUUGUAAUACCUAAAUACUAUUGCAAAAACAAAAGUUGCUUUUCUUCUCUAUAAUUAAAUCUAAUUUGUUAAUUGUC